CUAGAGCCUCUCCCAGCCAGUGGACCUGAGUUUGGAGGAUUAGGAGAAGAAGCUGAGUUUGUUGAAGUUGAACCUGAAGCUAAACAGGAAAUUCUUGAGAACAAGGAUGUGGUGGUUCAACACAUUCAUUUUGAUGGACUUGGAAGAACUAAAGAUGACAUCAUCAUGUGUGAAAUCGGAGAUGUUUUUAAGGCUAAAAACCUCAUUGAGGUAAUGAGGAAAUCUCACGAAGCCCGUGAAAAACUGCUCCGUCUAGGGAUAUUCCGACAAGUGGAUGUUUUGAUUGAUACGUGUCAAGGCGAUGAUGCGCUUCCAAAUGGGUUAGACGUUACCUUUGAAGUGACGGAAUUAAGAAGGUUGACGGGCAGCUACAACACCAUGGUCGGGAACAACGAAGGCAGCAUGGUCCUUGGCCUCAAACUCCCUAAUCUUCUAGGUCGUGCAGAAAAGGUGACUUUUCAGUUUUCCUAUGGAACCAAAGAAACUUCGUACGGCCUGUCCUUCUUCAAACCGCAGCCCGGAAACUUCGAAAGAAAUUUCUCUGUGAACUUGUAUAAAGUGACUGGGCAGUUCCCUUGGAGCUCACUCCGGGAGACAGACAGAGGGAUAUCAGCCGAGUACAGUUUUCCCGUGUGGAAGACCAGCCACACCGUCAAGUGGGAGGGCGUGUGGCGAGAGCUGGGCUGCCUCUCCAGGACGGCGUCGUUCGCUGUCCGAAAGGAGAGCGGGCACUCGCUGAAGUCGUCUCUCUCGCACGCCAUGGUCAUCGACUCUCGGAACUCCUCCAUCCUACCAAGAAGAGGCGCUUUGCUGAAAGUUAACCAGGAGCUGGCAGGCUACACUGGAGGGGACGUGAGCUUCCUAAAAGAGGACGUUGAGCUUCAGUUGAAUAAACAACUCAUACUUGAUUCGGUUUUCUCAGCGUCUCUCUGGGGUGGAAUGUUGGUACCCAUGGGUGAUAAACCAUCAAGUAUUGCCGAUAGAUUCUACCUCGGGGGACCCACGAGCGUGCGGGGCUUCAGCAUGCACAGCGUCGGGCCGCAGAGCGAAGGAGACUACCUGGGCGGAGAGGCGUACUGGGCCGGCGGCCUGCACCUGUACACCCCGUUGCCUUUCCGACCGGGCCAGGGCGGCUUCGGAGAGCUGUUCAGAACACACUUUUUCCUCAACGCGGGAAACCUCUGCAACCUCAACUACGGGGAGGGCCCCAGAGCUCACAUUCGGAAGCUGGCGGAGUGCAUCCGCUGGUCUUACGGCGCCGGGAUCGUCCUCAGGCUCGGCAACAUCGCGCGGCUGGAGCUGAAUUACUGCGUCCCCAUGGGCGUGCAGGGGGGCGACAGGAUUUGCGACGGCGUCCAGUUCGGAGCUGGGAUAAGGUUCCUGUAACUGAUGCUGAGCGUCCUCCAGUCCCUCCAGAGGAAGCCCUGGAGCUCGGGCAGCAGUGAGUCAGUCGGUGCCACACACUUUCUCUCCAAAUAAACACAUUUCACGUGAUCCUUGACUGCGAUCCUUGUGGGAAGCCAAGUCAAUAAAUUUUAAAGACAGAUACU